UUCGUCAGAUGCAGUUUAGAAUUGUUCAAAUUGUCAGAAAAUCUUUGAUGAAAUCAAUUUCUUUAUCCAUUCUGAUUCAGUUUUACUGCACCUGCAUUGUUUGCUUGUGCUCUGCCUCUACAUAGUGGCCCUUUGAAAACUCAGGAAGUGUCACUAUUCACAGGGCUCAACUUUGAAUGUGGUGUUAUUAUGAAAAGCCAAGCUUGGGUCAUGGAUGGAGGGACUUCAUGGUUUUGGUUUUAUUGAAAUUAAUGUCCAUAAAUGUUCUUUAAUCUGUAUUGAAAGCAAAGAAUACAAUUGCUGCUCACUCAUGUAUUUUUUUCCAUAGAAUAGUUUUAAGAUGUGCUGUCUUGGUUGUUGUAUAAGGAACUUCUUUUAUGAGAGGAACCACAUCUGGAUUUGAUAAUCCUGUUUGACCCUGGGGACACUUACUUCAAACUAACUUUAUCCCUUUUGCUUUAAAAUGUAUGAUUUAGUUUGAUAACACUAAUAUUUCAAAUACAAGAAUCUGCAGCAGAGUUUAGUUGAGUGGCAUACUUUCCUUUUAUCCAAGCAGGGAGGAAAUAUCGUGCUGUUACAUGAAUUCAAGGAUCCGUACUCUUCCAGAUUUAAUGCAGGAAAAUGAGAGACUAACAACUUUCUUUGGAUUCAAUGGAAAUACAAAUUGUAAGAAUUAUUUUAAGUGAACCCGCAAGCUAUUAAUUUUGGACGACACAGCAUCAGAAGAUUUCACUGAAAAGAUGCUAAUGUUUGACCCAGUCCCUAUCAAGCAAGAAGCCAUGGAACCUAUUUCAGUGUCAUACCAGUCCAAUUACAUGGACCAAAUGAAGCCAAACAAAUACAGUGUCAUUUAUCCUACCCCAAAUAUGUUGCACAAUAAAUUCUAUCAACCCCCAGAAGGACUAUCUAAUGGAAUCCAAAUGGAGCCAGUUGACCUUACAGUGAAUAAACGAAGCUCACCACAUUCAGCUGGAAGUUCUCCUUCUCCUCUGAAAUUUCAGACUGUACAUAGAAGAGCCUCACCUGGAUUAACUUUGUCCUCACCCAGCCCACCUAUGAAAAAAUUCACCCCACCACCUCCCCCAGGAGUUCAACCUUUUUCCAUGCCAUUAACAAUCCCUCCAGUAAUGGCUGCUCUUUCACGCCCUGGACUUAGGAGCCCUGGAAUACUUCCAAUUAUACAGCCACUUGUGGUCCAGCCUGUUCCUUUUAUGUAUGCUCCACAUCUCCAGCAACCUAUAAUGGUGUCUACUGUUCUUCCAGAAGAGUUGGAAAAUCCAAGUAGCAUGCCAGUGCCUGUAAUUGAAUCUUAUGAGAAGCCCACAUUAAAGAAAACAAUCAAAGUAGAACCAGGAAUUGAAUCGCCAGGGACCGAGUUCUAUCCUGAACAAAUGUCUCCUCCAAUGAUGACCUCUUUGUCUCCUCAGCAAAUAAUGUUGCAAGAGAAUCACCCUUCAGUUAUAGUUCAGCCAGGAAAGAGACCUUUACCUGUGGAAUCUCCAGACACACAAAGGAAACGCAGAAUACACAGGUGUGACUACGAAGGUUGCAACAAGGUCUAUACUAAAAGCUCCCACCUAAAAGCUCACAGAAGAACGCAUACAGGUGAAAAGCCAUACAAGUGCACCUGGGAGGGAUGCACGUGGAAGUUUGCUCGUUCUGAUGAACUAACACGACAUUUCCGUAAACAUACCGGAAUCAAACCCUUCCAGUGCCCGGACUGUGACCGUAGUUUCUCACGCUCGGACCAUCUUGCUCUCCACAGGAAACGCCAUAUGCUAGUCUGAAUGUCUCUUGUCCCUCAACUGCCCAUCACGCUUUCUUUUUUACGUGUGCAUUUUAAUUUGGAUUCAGCUGGUCUGAAUCUCUGUGCUUACACAAUUAAAAGCUUCCAUAUGGUCAGUAUAGAUGUUAUCUAACCCUGCUAUGUCCUUGCCACGGGUCAGACCUAAAGAAUGUGAACAUUUUUUUUUUCUAGGGAUGCUAAGCAAACCCUUCCUACAGACAGUAUGUGUAAUGUAUUCCUUUGUGAAUAAGGGAAUUUGUAAACUAGCAACUUUGUUGGUUUUAUAAUCAGCCAGCAUAAAUUGAUCAACUAGUAAAUGUUAUUGAAUAUCCA